GGCGGCGGCGCCGAGGACGCGGCCAGGCCGGCGGCGGCCUGCGAGGGAAGUUUCCUGCCGGCCUGGGUGAGCGGCGUGCCCCGCGAGCGGCUCCGCGACUUCCAGCACCACAAGCGCGUGGGCAACUACCUCAUCGGCAGCAGGAAGCUGGGCGAGGGCUCCUUCGCCAAGGUGCGCGAGGGGCUGCACGUGCUGACCGGGGAGAAGGUGGCCAUAAAGGUCAUUGACAAGAAGCGAGCCAAAAAGGACACUUAUGUCACCAAGAACCUUCGGCGGGAGGGUCAGAUUCAACAGAUGAUCCGUCACCCCAACAUCACCCAGCUCCUUGAUAUCUUGGAGACGGAAAAUAGCUACUACCUGGUCAUGGAGCUGUGUCCUGGGGGCAACCUGAUGCACAAGAUAUAUGAGAAGAAGCGGCUGGAGGAGUCGGAGGCCCGCAGAUACAUCCGGCAGCUCAUCUCUGCUGUGGAGCACCUGCACCGGGCUGGGGUGGUCCACAGGGACUUGAAGAUAGAAAAUUUGCUACUGGAUGAAGACAAUAAUAUCAAGCUGAUUGACUUCGGUUUGAGCAACUGUGCAGGGAUCCUGGGCCACUCGGACCCGUUCAGCACGCAGUGUGGCAGUCCUGCCUACGCCGCACCGGAACUUCUUGCCAGGAAGAAAUAUGGCCCCAAAAUCGAUGUCUGGUCCAUAGGCGUGAACAUGUAUGCCAUGUUGACCGGGACCCUGCCUUUCACAGUGGAGCCUUUUAGCCUGAGGGCGUUGUACCAGAAGAUGGUGGACAAGGAAAUGAACCCCCUCCCCACCCAGCUCUCCACAGGUGCCAUCAACUUCCUGCGCUCUCUCCUCGAACCGGACCCUGUGAAGAGGCCCAAUAUUCAGCAAGCGCUGGCAAAUCGCUGGCUUAAUGAGAAUUAUACGGGCAAAGUGCCAUGUAAUGUCACCUAUCCCAACAGGAUUUCCCUGGAGGACCUGAGCCCGAGUGUGGUGCUUCACAUGACGGAGAAGCUGGGCUACAAGAACAGUGACGUGAUCAACACUGUGCUCUCCAACCGCGCCUGCCACAUCCUCGCCAUCUACUUCCUCUUAAACAAGAAACUCGAGCGCUACUUGUCAGGGAAAUCUGACAUCCAGGACAGCAUAUGCUACAAGACCCAGCUCUACCAGAUAGAGAAGUGCAGGCCCGGCAAGGAGCCUUAUGAGGCCUCCUUGGACACCUGGACAAGAGACCUUGAAUUCCAUGCUGUGCAGGAUGAAAAACCCAAAGAACAAGAAAAGCGAGCAGAUUUUCUUCAUCGGCCGUUUUCCAAGAAGCCGGACAGGAACCUGCCUUCACACAAGCAGCCCUCGGCCUCGCUCAUCACGCACAUUCAGAACACCAAAGCCCUGCUGAAGGACCGGAAGGCCCCCAAGUCCGGCUUCCCUGACAAAGAUGCCUUCGGCUGCCGCAGCAUCUUCCGCAAAACCUCAGACUCCAACUGUGUGGCUUCCUCUUCCAUGGAGUUCUUCCCCGUCCCACCCCCCAGGACCCCCAGGAUCGUCAAGAAGCCAGAACUCCCUCAGCAGGGCCCUGGGGGCCCUGGCAUCCCCCCCAAGGAAGACCCCCUGGUGCUGGACAUGGUGCGCUCCUUCGAGUCCGUGGACCGCGAGGACCCCUCCGACCCACUGUCCCCGUCUCAUCACUAUCGGAUUCUAGGCUCACCUGGGGGCUUGGCCCGCGGGAAUCCCGGUGAGCGGACGCUCUCCCCGGCCCUGCUGCCUGGAAGCCUGUCCCCUCUGCAAACUCCUUUGCAUCCCACUCUGGUCUCCUUUGCUCACGAAGAGAAGAGCAGCCCCCCGAAGGAGGAGGGCAUGUGCUCCCCACCUCCAGCCCCCAGUAAUGGCACCACGCAGCCCCUGGGGAGCCCGAAUUGCGUGAAGAGCCGCGGCAGGUUCCCCAUGAUGGGCAUCGGACAGAUGUUGAGGAAGCGACAGCAGAGCCUGCAGACCCCCGCAGAGCGGCCCCUAGAGGCCAGCAUGCCCCCCCUGCAGCCCCUGGCCCCCGUGAGCCUCUCCUUCGACAUGCCUGAUGGGGUCAAAGGCCAGUGCUAACCUGGGUAUCCCAGUGGCGGGAUUCUGGGUAUUUCUUAAGGAUGGCAAUGGAACAGAGCUCUGCACACCCUCAGAUAGAAAGGCCUCAUAGGAGCCUCCUUCAGGGUCUCACCUCCUCCCGCCACGGAAUGUCCCCACAGUGAACCACUAAAACCCACGGACCCAAAGCCUGUGUACCCCAGGCUUGCAUAGGACCCCAGGAGACGCUGGGAUCUACGAGGAGGGGUGAUUACAGGGGCAGUUUCAACCAUCCAUGUCUUCCUCCCGCCCACCCACCGACCCUCUGAUGGGCUGCUGGGGGAAACACCCAGGUCGGCCACUGGGCUCCUUGGAUCACAGACUCUUGCGAGAUCUUUCCUCACUUCGUGAUCUCCUCAGCAGUCAGACAGUCACCUAGGGACCCAAGGCGGCAUCACAGAGUGUCUCGUCCAGGCCACUGCUCCCUUUCCUCUUGCAGAGGUGAGUCCCUGCAGACCGUAGGGGCCAGGAGACUCGCUGCCAGGCCUCCGGCACCUCUGGGGAAGACCGACAGCGGCCUCUGCCAGCAGCACCACCCCCUCUGAGUGGAAAGGGGCGGCCAGGCAGAGACUAAUCCAGACGGUGGGGCUCCCAGUGAAAGGAAAGGGCCAGAGGGGACACGCCUCUACCAUCUUCUCUUUUGGUUGAAACUUGCUAACGAUUCAAUUCUCUUUUCCAAAGAUGGUUUUUCUUUAUGGGAUGUCAAACUGAAGUAACAUAACUAAAAAACAACCCGGAUGGAGAUGAGACGCGAUUCUACCAAAUUCAUGUUUUCGUGCGUGGAUAAGCGUGGCGGGCAUAAAAGCCCUCCCACGUGAUUUUUUUUUUCAGCAGCUGGUGGCCUCCCGUGGCCUGCAGGAGGGCUUGAUCGCAGCUGGGCCUGUGUCUUUCCCGUCACAUCAGCACAGCCCGAGCCUCCUGGGAGGCAUAGGCUGUGGCUACAGUCAGUUCUUUAGAAAGAGAAAACGUCAAGGUUGAAUUUGGACGCAUUUGGAAGGCACCAUUAGUUCCGUGCAGAACAGUUUUCAACCUGCCAAGGAAACAAGGGUGGCGUAGAGCUGAGCUAGUCGCCGCGCACCACAAGCAGGCUUGUCCGGUGAAGAUCAUGUUCAGAAACGCAGUACCGUGUCCCUCGGGGGAAAGCAGCAUUCCUCAAACUCGCCUGGAGUCCACGUCCCGUUUUCACACCUUUCGCCAAGGAUCGAACCAAAGAUGCGUCUCCGGUUCUGUGUCCACGCCAUCCCCGUGUGCACAUUCUGUGGAUCCCAGUGUUCUCUGACCGUGUGCAGCCAGAGCCCGCCGGGGCCUGUCUCCUCUCCCGGCCCCCGGCCCCUGGCACUUGGUGGCGACCACUCAGUCAUGAGCGAAACUGGAGAAGGAGGAAUCCGGCCCAGCCUGGAUAGCGGGGAGCUGAGGAGACAGGUUACGCAGUGGCUUGGGGUGUCCAGCUGGUGACUGGCCCAGGCGUGAGCAGACCCGCCACCGUGGUCCCCCCAGGGCUUGCCGCUGAUUUGGAAACAGGCUGCGGCCCUUGAGAACUACACAGCCUGCCUUUGUUUCCCCUGGCAGCCAGCCCACACCAGGGAGCCCUGGGCUGCUCCUUCAUCUCUUCUCCUUUGGCAGCGGUGACCUCCUGCCCCUCAUGCGUCUGGCUGAGCAAGGAAAAGAGUGGAUAGUUGGCCGGCCCUGGAAACCGCUGAGAAGCCUGGGCUCGGCUCACUUUGUGAGACCUGCAGCUGCUGUGUCUCCACCUCACUGGGGUCAUCCCGGCUCCAGGGCUCCUUAGGAAGGGGUCAGGUUCCUGGCUGUUGGCGUUACUCCUUUGUACGGCUCCAGACUGCGUUCCAGAACUUUCCAUUGAAAACGGAGCUUUUGAAGCAGAGGGAAGAAAAGCAUCUGAAAGAGACCUCUCUCUGCUUGACACGACGCGUGUUGGGUUUUUGAUCAGCGAAGGGACCCUUCUUGAACAUGGCUGCUGGCUGCAAGCGUCGCGCUCUGCCGAUUCGCGGGCUGUGCCCCUGUGCCUUGUGAGCCUCUGUCCCUUUUGUGUCUCUUCCAUGUAUUGUACUUUCCUUGAGGACGUGAGUGUUUAUCCAUAUCGUUGUUGAGCUCAUCGGGACAUGCUUUCUGCUCCUCAAUUCAGGGACAGCUGCAGACUGUCGCUUGAUUCAUGGACCAUGUCCCCAUUGGUAGCUUGAACUGUGAACUCAGGUUUAUUCCAGACCCAAUGAGAGGUGAGAAUGAGGAAGGGGGGGAGGGGUCAACUGUAUUUUUUGUAUGUGAGCACCUGACAAAUCGAUGAAACCGAAUGAAAGAGGAAAUGUUAAAUUCUUUAUUAUUUUAUUAUAUUUAUAUGGGAAACUUGACUAUCCCUUUGGUAAGUACAAAGUAUGUCGUCUGUUUGACCCAUGACUGUCUCUCAUUAGUCUGCGCCCAUGACCUCAGUCAGCUUGCUGUUACUGACGGAAAUGACUGAACUGUCACCGUGUGAAGUCCAGGAGGAAAAGUCCACUUUAAUUGUACGAUUUGGUCACAAGUAAGGACUGUAUUUAUGUUACCAUUAUUGAGUAUAUGUACUUUUAUAAUGACUGUGAAAUACACUUUUCCCUCACUGUG